AUGCUUCAAUUUUUUUAAAGAUUAGAAAACCCUGAUUCAAAGUUUCAUUUAUAUGAUUCAUUUUACAGAAUAAAAAAGAUAGAGAAGGUAUGCAUUAAAGAAAAUGUAGAUGGUAAUUUUAUUAUAAUACUAUUUAUGUAGGUUUAUUAAUAAUAAAUGGAAUAGAUUCAAAAGAUAAUUAUGAAUAUACAAAAUUGAUGAAUUGGGUGUUUCUUGGUCACAGUGGAAUUGAGAUUGAAACCAAUGAAUAUUUGGAUAACACUUUGAGUGAAACAAUAUUUAUAAUAACCAAAGAUCAUAUGAGAGCAUAUUGUGAUUAACAAGGUUUUAAACAAUUAAAACCUUGUUUAUUAUAAAUGCCAAAUCUUAAAUUAUUUGUCCCUACAAUAAAAGAGGAUGAAAAUAAAGAUGAAAGUGAAGUAUUAAAAAUGGCUUAAUUUGUGAAAAUGAUGUAAGGGCUAAAAAGAAUAGGUGUAUUGUUACCAUAAGAGAAAAAUAGAAAUAUUGAAAAAUGGCCAAUCAUCUAAGGUUAUGGUUUAUUAGGAAAUGGGUUUUUUUCUAUGCAACAUGAAAUUGUGAAUAUGACUGAAAGAAUAAAUUAGUUAUAUAAACCACAUGAUAAACAUUCAAUGAAAAACUUAAUUAAUGUCAUAUCAUAAAGAUUAAAUGGUCAUGUUUCAGGAUCUUUAUAAUUAUUAUCAGAAAUACCUAUUAAAAAAAGACCAGCAGUUACAAAUGAAUAAAUGGUUGAAAUAUUUCUAGACACAUUUGAAAUUGAAGACAAUAAAUAUAUUAAACGAAAUAAUAAAUUAAUUCCAACAGUCACUUUUGGAAAUUGCAGUUCAUAAGAGAAAUUACCAUUACAUUUAACAAUGGAAAGCAGUGAUCUUUACUCUUCUUUACGUUUUUCUAGAACAUAUUUUCUUACUAAACAAGUGUGUAGAGAAAAUGUUAUUAUUCCAAUACAUGAUGAUUUCGAACAUUUUGUAAAGGAAUAUCAAUAUCAAAUAGUUGAACAUUCAUAUCAUAAAGACGAAUGGUAUUUUAUAAUUAUUAUUUAAGUUUAUUAAUUGAAAUUUAUAAAACAUUAAUUGAAAGUUUUUAUUCUGCCUUAUAAAUGAUAUGUUAAGAUUAUAGAAAGAUGACUAAUUAAUUGAUAUUUGAAUUAUGCUAAGAAAGAUUGAAUCCAACAUUAACUAAUUAUUAGUUGUAAUUUCUAAAUGAUAAUCUGAUUGUCUCUGUAUCCAGUUAUAAUUCCUUUGGUGAAGAAGUACCAAUUAAUUUUAAAGAUCCUAUAUCUUUUAAACUCACACCUUAAUUCUUUUCAAUUAGAUUAGAGUAUAAGAGUAUUCCAUCUUAAGUAGUCAAAGGAACUAUUUUAGGGAAUGUCAUUUUUUCUGACUCAUUCAUUCUUUAAGAGAAUUGUUAUUAUAUAAUUACUAGUAAAAUUCCUCAUCUUUAAAUUAUCAACACAGAUGCUAGAUUUUCUGAUGAUAUUGAGAAAAUUAAAAAGAAAUUACCAUUAGAGAAAUUAGGUUAAUAGAUUUCAGAGAAAGUUGAUAAAAAUAGAUUAUUUAUACCAUCUAAACAUGCUUUAUUAGAUAUACCUAUUUAAAUUGCUUCAUAUAUAUUACAUGAAAAUGGAAUCAGAAUUUUUACUAAUGAGAUGGGUUGGUUCUUCAUUUUGUUUGAUUAAAUGAAAAAGAUUAAAUUUACUUAGGGAUUGGAAUCUGUUUGGAUGAUAUUUAUGACUGAACCUAUACUUUGUGCAUCUUUAUAGGCUAAAACUAUUGCAUUAGAAUUUGUUGGAAAGUCUGUUGAUUAAGUGUAUAUGAAAUUGAUUAAUAUUCUAAAAGAAAAUGAGAUUAAAGUAGAUUAUACAGAUAAUCCAAAAGAAUUCUAAUUGACUAGAUUAGGAUAGAUGAUUUUGAAGAAAGAACAAAAAGUUCCAUUAUUAGGAAACAUGAUUAGAGAAUCUUCAUUCUUAUUAGAUUAUUUAGAAUCAAAAUAAUUAAUUAUCUUAACACAAGUUAAAAAUGAUCUCAAAUUAUUAAAUUAUUUAGCUUUACAAGAUGAAUCUAAAUAGAUGGAUGAUAGAAUUGGAAUUAUUUUAAUUACAGGCACCUAUAGUAGUGGUAAGACUAAAUUUGCUUAAUCUUUAUAAAGAUAUGCAAGUGAUUUUAAUUAAAAAGCAUAGAUUUUAAGUUUCAGUUUGUUGGAAUAAUCUAUAUUAGAUGAAGAGGGAUGGUUAAAUAAAUUAGAAAAUCAAUUGAAGUAUUCUCAAGAGUAAUGCAUAUGUGUUAUACCAUUUUAUUUGUCUAUUGAUAUUAUAGUGUAACAAUUAAGUAAUGGAAAACUUAGUAAAUAUGUAUAUAUUAAGAAUGUAGUUAAUAAAAUCAACAUUAAUAAUAUUUAUCAAAAUGAGAAUUGCUAACCUAUGUAAAUUUAUUUAUGAUAUCUUUUUAGUGAUAAUUUGGUAAGUCAAAGUCUACCUGGUUACUGUUAAUUUACAAUUUUGGAUUCCUUUGGAAAUGAAGAAUCUGAAGUGGAAGAAUAUUUUAAGAUAUUUAGAACUGUUUGUAUUAAAUCUAACAUCUAUCGUAUUACUAAUAAUAUGAUAUAAUCAUCUGUGGCAAAAGAAAUAUAUUAAUGUACAUCAUACAAUUCAACCUAAAAUGUAUUUCUAAGAAGUAAAUUGGCAUCAUAUAAAAGUCAAAUCGUUCCUUUACAAAAAGUAUUUAUUCACAAUACUAUUCCUUGUGUCAAAUAAUUCAGAAAAAUCUUAAGGGAACUCUUUAAGACUUCACAAUAACAAAAAAUAUAAACAGUUAAUUAUGAAAAACUUUCUGAAAUUGAUAAAUUUAUAUAUAGAGUUAAAGAAUUCAACUCUCCUCAAAAACCACAAUUAUAGUAUCUUAAAGCAUUUCUUAGAUUUGAAGGAUAAUUAGAUAAGUUAUAUGAAUAUACAGCAAAUCAUAAUUAUAUUGUUGAAAGAUAAGUCAAAUCUGUCAAUAUUUUACUUAAAGAAUAAUUGAUUAAUGGUACUAAACUUUAAAUACCUUCUUAUGUUGGAUGGGAUACUCACUCCAAUUUAGGCUUUUUUAUGGUUGGUUAAAAUAUUUCAAAAGAUAUCUGCCUAGAAUAUAUUGGGGAAUUAAUCUAAAAAAUGAAACCUUUAUAACCUCUUCUAAUAAAAAAUAAUUUAUCUAAAGAUAUUAUAAAAGAUAUUGAAUUUCAAAAUAGAAUCAUUGGAUUAGAAAAUGGAGAAUUUUAUGAUGGUCAAUUUAUUAGAAAUCAAGAUGGAGAAAUCUUGGAACACCAUCCAAAAUUAGAAAUAUUUAUUUAAGAGUAUUUAAACAUUUAAAAUCAGAAGAUAGUUCAAUAGAAUAACUAAAUAUAGUAAGAGUGGAAUAAUUAUUUAAAUGCUCUUAAGUGUUGA